CGGAGCUAUGGGCGGAGCCAGCGAAGGGGGCGGGAACGGAGCCCCCGUCGGUGGUGCCUACUGUGUGUGGCGCCGGCUGCCCCGUGCGGAGCCAUGAGCUGGACCUGCCCCCGUUGCCAGCAACCCGUUUUCUUCGCGGAGAAGGUGAGCUCCCUGGGCAAGAACUGGCACCGCUUCUGCCUGAAAUGUGAGCGCUGCCACAGCGUCCUGUCUCCAGGAGGACAUGCAGAGCACAACGGGAGGCCGUAUUGCCACAAGCCAUGCUAUGGGGCUCUCUUCGGACCCAGGGGUAAGUACCAGCCUAGAAGAGGCCAGGGGACAGCAGGACCCUCUCUGUGGCUGGGAGCUGGAGGUUCAAGCCUGACGGCCUCUGUUUUCUCUGCAGGGGUGAACAUUGGUGGUGUGGGUUCCUACCUCUACAACCCUCCCACUCCCACCCCAGCCAGCACCACUCCCCUCAGCCCCAGCAGUUUCAGCCCCCCCAGGCCCAGGACUGGCCUCCCCCAGGGCAAGAAAAGCCCUCCCCGCCUGAAGACAUUCACUGGGGAGACUUCACUGUGCCCUGGCUGUAAGGAACCUGUCUAUUUUGCUGAGAAGGUGAUGUCUUUGGGCAGAAAUUGGCACCGACCCUGUCUGAGGUGCCAGCGCUGCCGGAAGACCCUGACUGCCGGGAGUCAUGCUGAGGUGAACAGUGCAGGGAUGGGUGCUUAUGUUGCGAGGAGGGAGGCUGGAGAUGGGAAGAGCGCCAAGCUGAGAUGGCUCUCUUUCUCUCUGUCUCAGCAUGACGGCGUCCCCUACUGCCACAUCCCCUGCUAUGGCUACCUGUUUGGCCCCAAAGGUGUGAACAUUGGCAAUGUGGGCUGCUACAUCUAUGACCCCAUGGAGAUAAAAUCUAAAUGAGAUGUUCACAGGAGAGGUCACUCUAAUUCGGGCCUCAUACCAUCCCCUCCAUGGUCCAGUGGGAGCUACAGAAUUCUCCAGUCCCACAGGGGGAAGAUGAUCUUCCAGUGGCCUGGGCCUAGCUGGGCUCUGUGGUAGACCAGGGAGUCUAGACUUCGCCCAUUCCUCCUUUUCCCAUUCCUAUCUGGGCAGGGGACAUAGGCCACCACAUUUUAAAGGGUAGCCUCCUGGCCUUCCCAGUCCCUUGCCCUAGCAAAUUUUAUAACUUCAAGAUAAUUAAAAAACGUGUUUAUUCUUGCUUCUCCAAUAAAAUGUUGGCUCCCA